AAUGUUUUUUUCUUUCUUUCUUUCUUUUCAAGACUAAAAGUGGGGGUUAAUUUUACUUGUUCCCUCUUUCUCCAUUACACAGACUUAGAGUUCGUGGUGGUGACUCUGAUUUGAGAAGAAGAAGAAGAAGAAAGGAUGUUGCGAAGUCGAUUCUUAUGGUUCACGUUCGGAUUCGCAUCCACAUACGCUGUGCUUUCCCAAGUUGUUUUGAAGGACCUCAUGCUUGAGCGUCACGCGCUCACUUCUCACAUGGAACGCGAUUUUCGCAUUCUCGAAGCCAGACUCUCCAACAUCGAAGAAUCCUCUUCUUCUGUUCCGCUCCCGAUCGAUCAGGUCGAAGGUGUUUCUGGUCCAGCGAAAUGAUUUCUACUAGGUUCUAUGGGAUUUAUGCUUGAUUCAAAAGGUUUGUAGAGGAAAUGACCAUAAUAAAACAGACGAUGAGGCAACGUUAAAAUUCUUACCUGUUUUUUUUUUUUCACCUGGGAGAUUAACCAAUUGUGAGGAAAAAAUGAAAAAUCAAAUUGGAGUUUACUGUCAUGUUAUUAAAUAUCAUGCUUUUGUUGUACAGCUCCAGGAGCUUGAACUUUUAACUCUGUUUUAUUAUUGUUAGCAACUUUUGAUGAAAUCUGAUCCACCUACAAUGAAAAAUGAAGGGACCAAUCCUUUGGGUUCUGACAACUGCAGGGUGGUGCAAUUGUUCUGAAA